UCGUCUAUGUUAUUAGUACCAAAUAUUGAAACAGUAGCGCUGUUGUUACAAUGUAAAAGGUUUGCAUGUCGGGCGGAUCGAAUAGACGAUGUAGAAGUUGAAACUAUCAUAAUUUUUGACGUUCUUACCUGUGAAAUACAUUGUACAACAAGAGGUAUUAACAAAGCAGCACAAUGAUGUCUGAUAGAAAAGCAGAACUUGAAAGAAAAAAAGCCAAACUUCAGGCUAUAAGAGAGGAAAAGGAAAGACGUAGAAGAGAAAAAGAACAGAAAGAUGUUGAGGAAGCUACUGUACGUGCUGCAGGAGCAGAUAAAGAUCAUCGAAAAGAAUUAGAUGCUAUGCUUUCAUCAUUGGGUGUAGCACCAGUAUCAGAUGUUUUAUCCAGUUUAUCUAGUAUGAAUUCUUUGACUCCAGAACAAAGUGCUAAUGCUACCCCUGAUGCUAGUUUACAACCAUCGAGUAUAAAUUCUGCUCAAAGUAGCAGUGCUAGGAAAAAGAAUCGUGAACUAACAAUUGUUUCUGUGGCACAUACAAAUAUUCCACCAAAAGAACCAGUGGUUUAUACUAAACAAACGCAAACUAUUCAGACAUCGCACACAUCUCACGACGGACUGUCCGCAUCUUCUUCUGCGUACACCAUCUACUCGUCCUGUUCAACAACAACACCAACUCACUCUUACUCCGCAGGCUACUUUGAGACUGACUGGUGGCGUCCCAGGAAAGGUGGGUCUGCACCAAACUACCUAUCUCAUGCAUUCGACUAUUACGACGAGUACAAUCUAAAUCCUGGUUUAGAAUGGGAGGACGAAUUUACAGUUUUGACAUUUGAUGAUGGCCAAGCCGAAGACGAAGAGAACAGCUUGCCGCAUAUGGAUGGUUUCCAGAGCAAGCUUCCUCCAGGAAUUCUUCCUCAUGGUUUGCCACAAGUUAAGGAAGUGCAGCCAGCAGUUACACAAGUGGAACAAGAAAAAGAAAAGGAAAAGCCUAAAGAAGUACAAGAACUCAGCGAAGAAGAAAAACAAAUGAUUAUACUGUCAGAAGAUUUUCAACGAUUCCUUGAUCGUACUAGUAGAAUUGUGGAAAGGGCAUUAGGAGAAUCUGUUAAUAUUUAUAGCGAUUAUACUGGUACUAUGGAUGGUGAAGAUGGAAUGGAUGAAAAGAGUCAUCAACGUUUAUGGUUAAAUCGGUGGUUCUUCUGUGAUCGGUGGUCUCGCAAUCGUUGUGUGACCUCGAUGGAUUGGUCGCCUCAAUUUCCAGAACUUCUUGCAGCCUCCUAUAACAAUAACGACGACACUCCAAAUGAUCCUGAUGGGGUGUGUUUGGUUUGGAACACGAAGUUCAAGAAAACAACUCCAGAAUUUAUUUUCCAUUGUCAGUCUCCAGUUAUGUCGACAACGUUUGCGAGAUUUCAUCCUAAUUUAAUCUUGGGAGGUACUUAUUCUGGACAAAUCGUUCUCUGGGAUAAUAGAGUACAAAAGAGAACUCCUAUUCAACGCACUCCACUAUCAGCAAGCGCACAUACUCAUCCUGUGUACUGUCUAAAUGUUGUUGGGGCACAAAACGCACACAAUUUGAUAAGUAUAUCAACCGAUGGCAAACUGUGCUCCUGGAGUUUAGAUAUGUUGUCACAACCACAAGAGACAUUAGAACUUCACACUAAACAGUCGAAAGCUAUUGCUGCCACUUGUUUAGCAUUUCCUUAUGGAGAUGUUAAUAAUUUUGUCGUAGGCAGCGAGGAAGGAACUGUUUAUUCCGCUUGUCGUCAUGGUACAAAAGCUGGAGUAUUAGAUUCUUACGAAGGUCACCAAGGACCAGUUACUGGAAUUAGCGCACAUGCUGUACAAGGUGGCAUAGAUUUCUCACAUCUAUUCUUAACAUCAUCCAUUGAUUGGACAAUUAAACUUUGGAGUUUUAAGGAGAGUAAACCUCUUUACUCCUUUGAGCACAAUGGUGAUUAUGUUUAUGACGUUGCGUGGUCACCGACCCAUCCGGCUCUAUUUGCUGCCGUCGACGAUUCAGGACGAUUAGAUUUAUGGAAUCUCAAUCAAGAUACUGAAGUACCUACUGCCAGUAUUGUGAUUGAUGGUAAUCCAGCAUUGAACAGAGUUUCAUGGACACCGAGCGGUUUACAUGUCACUGUUGGUGAUGAUACUGGAAAGAUUUGGGUGUAUGAUGUUGCUGAGCAUUUAGCACAUCCAAGAAUUGAUGAAUGGAAUAAAUUUUUGUAUACUCAACAAGAGUUGAAACAUAACAAAGCGGAUGAAGAAUUGCAUAAACUUAAUUUAAGAGAGCCCACUUCUUUGACAUCUAUACCUCCGCUGCUAGCGACAUGUCCCUUGAGAUAAAGGUAUAAUUUUCUUUAGAAAUUAUUGCUAAGGUCGGCUUGAAUACUUUAAAUUUAAAAAUCAAAUAAAUUUAUAUAAUAUCUAUAAUCCUAAAAAAAAAUCUUAAAAGAAAUGAAAGAAAAGUGUAUCACACUAUCUGUAAUUUGUAGGUGUAUUUUUAAUUAAAAUAUCUUUGUUCUGUAUAAAUUAUUCAACAGCAAGAUUAACGUAUUAGUACUUUGUUCAUACGUAACUGCUGUGCAUUGGGUAUGCUUAUAAUGGUUAUAAAUUUCACGUGUCCAAUAGAAACAAUAUGUUUAUUAAAUAAAUUUAAAUCAGUAGUUUAUUAAGGAUGUGUGCAACAUAUCUAUGCAUGUAAAUAAUAAAUGCUAUAAAGCACGAUUUAAGUCGAAAGCAAGAAAUAAGAAAGUAAUUAGAAAUUUGACAUAAUCACGAUCAUAUGCAUCAGAUAACUUGUAAUAUAAUUU